AUGCUGUCGUCCGUGUUUUUGAUGCAGCCGGUCGGCCAAGCGCUGGCUCAAAUCGUGGGCGUUUGGGUUCUUCUAGGCGAGGACGCUGCUCAUGGCCUCCACGACCUGCAAUGUGGCCUCGACUCGCUGCAUGAAGAGGAAUGCAAGAAGAUCAUUGACGGCACAUGGCGCAUCGUCAUCGGCUCUGGCGCCGUGCCCGCCCUCCUGGCCAUCAUCUUCCGCUUCUUCCUGUACGACUGCGGUCUCUACACCCUCGAGGUCAAGAACAAGCCCGGAAACGCUUUCAGGGACACCCAACGAGUUUACGGCCCGCCGCCCUCCACCAACGGCAUGCCCUUAUCUCCCACCGGCGGUGCAAACUACCCUGAAACGGAGGCGAUGCCCCUUCAGUUCUCUUUCCAAGAUCUACACGACUACUUCAUCAAGGACAAGAACUGGUAUUACCUCGUCGGCACCUCCAUGACCUGGUUCUUCCUCGAUGUAUCCUUCUAUGGGUUCAGUUUGGAUAACCGCGGCACUCUGGCCGACCUGUGGGCAACGACUGACCGAAUCCCUAUCGACUCGAACCUUGCAUGCUGGAAUUCCACCCUUGUGAACGGGACCUCCCUUGUUCGUGACUGGCAGAAAGGCGGCCUACCGACUUGGCAAACCGACCGCACGAAACCUUGCAACACCAUCUACGAGACCAUCAUCGAGCAAACGAAGCAGUACCUCCUCACCGUCUCACUCGCCUCCAUCGCGGGCAGCGCCUGCUUUAUCUUCUUCGCCAACCGGAUCCGUCGCCGAGAGUGGCUGACUUCCUCCUUCUUGAUCCUUACUGUUCUCUUCCUCGUCACGGGUGGCGUCUACUACGGCGUUGCCCACGGAUCAGGCGCCCCCGCAACCGUUGUGUGCGUGGCCAUCUGCCAUUUCGUCUUUAACUUUGGCGCCAACACCCUCACCUUCAUCAUCCCCGCCGAGAUCUUCCCCACCACCUACCGCAGCACCUGCCACGGCAUUUCCGCCGCGGCCGGCAAGCUGGGCAGCAUCGUCGCCGUGCUCGUCGUCUACGGCAUCAACUCGGGCUACAACUCCACCACCCGCCAGGGGCUCAUCUUCCUGCUCUUCGCCACCUUCAUGGCCCUCGGCGCCAUCUACUCGUGGGCCUACCUCCCCGACGUGCAGCGCCCCGUGUACGACGGCGGCGACGGCAGCGACGGUGGUGGUGGUGGUGGCAAAAAGCGCCUCGAGACGCGCACGCUGGAGGAGCUGGGCGAGGGUUAUGUGCGGGCUUGUCAGGAGGGGCAGGCGAUUGGGGUGAGGGAGAAGUGGGGGUUGUUGAGGGCGCAGCUGCGGCAUCGCGCGGGGAGGAAUAGGGAGCGCAGUGGGAUGGAGGAGAUGGGGAGGGGGGUGAGUACGCCGCCUUCGGGGGGGGUGGUGGUGGUUGAGGGGAGGGCUGGGGGGGGGAGGCCGCUCGCUGCGGAGCCGGUGGAGGUGGAUGGGCGUGGUAUUGCGUGA